CGGGCCUAGGAGCGUCAGAGGCGGAGUCAGUGGAGGCGGUGGCUCCAGAGAUGGCAGUAAGCGAGAGGAGGGGGCUCGGCCGCGGGAGCCUCGCGGAGUGGGGGCGGCGGCUACUUCUGCUGCUGCUGUUGGGCGGCUGCUCCGGGCGCAUCCACCGGCUGGCGCUAACGGGGGAGAAGCGAGCAGACAUCCCGCUGAACAGCUUCGGUUUCUACGCCAACGGCACCCUGGAGGUGGAGUUGAGCCUUCUGCGGCUGGGCCUUCAGGAGGCCGAAGAGAAGUCCCUGCUGGUGGGGUUCAGUCUGAGCCGGGUUCGAUCUGGCAGCAUUCGCUCCUACUCGACUCGGGAUUUCCAGGACUGCCCUUUCCAGAAAAACAGUAGCAAUUUCCUGGUGCUGUUCUUCAUUAACACCAAGGAUCUGCAGGUCCAGGUACGGAAAUAUGGCGUGCAGAAGUUGUUCAUCUCGCCUGGGCUCCUCCCCGAAGUGCCCUCUGAACCGGGGCCCCCAAAGCCAGAGCCCACGGUCACCCCCAAGGUGAAUGACGGGACCACGGUCAGCAAGGCCAAUUCGACACCUGCAGCAUCUCAGGACCCCAGAGGGAAGGACAAGGACCUGGUGCUGAGCCUCAGCCACCUCAACAACUCCUACAACUUCAGCUUCCAUGUGGUGAUCGGCUCCAGGGCCGAGGAAGGCCAGUACAACCUCAACUUCCACCACUGCAACAACUCCGUGCCUGGAAAGGAGCAUCCUUUCGACAUGACAGUCAUGAUCCGGGAGAAGAAUCCUGAGGGCUUCCUGUCGGCGUCGGAGAUCCCCCUCUUCAAGCUCUACAUGGUCAUGUCUGCCUGCUUCCUGGCCGCUGGCAUCUUCUGGGUGUCUGUCCUCUGCAGGAACACGUUCAACGUCUUCAAGAUCCACUGGCUCAUGGCGGCCCUGGCUUUCACCAAGAGCAUCUCUCUCCUGUUCCACAGCACCAACUACUACUUCAUCAACAGCCAGGGCCACCCCGUCGAAGGCCUCGCCGUCAUGCACUACAUCACGCGCCUGCUGAAGGGCGCCCUCCUCUUCAUCACCAUCGCCUUGAUCGGCUCGGGCUGGGCCUUCAUUAAGUACGUGCUGUCGGACAAGGAGAAGAAGGUCUUCGGCAUCGUCAUCCCCCUGCAG